UCUAAAACCUUAGACUAGCAUGUGAUUUCACUCUCUCUCUCUCUCAAAUUCCUUUUACUCGCAAGUAAACGUCGGAUCUCUCUCUCUCUCCCUGCUAAAAGCUGCUUGCUCUCUCUAAACACUAGGAUCUGGUGCCCUCAAAUCCAUCAAAGACUGGAGUUGCAGAGGAGAGCACGCCAUGGAUCGCCAUGAAAUGUGGUGAUUAUAACUGAAAAUCUGGUGCUUCUUUGAUGCCAUAACCACUGGACAUGAAGACCAAGGGUCUCCCUCUUGUCACACUCGAACACAAACGGGAUGCAUAUGGGUUCACCGUGCGGCCACAACACUUGCAGAGAUAUCGUGAGUAUGCAAACAUUUACAAGGAAGAAGAGGAAGAAAGGUCAGAAAGAUGGAAGGACUUUCUAGAAACACAUACACACUCUUCUCACAACCUAGUUAAUGAAUCUUCACCUAAGGACGAUUCAAGGGUUCCCAAUCAAGUAGUGGAGCAGGAGUCAGGAAGUGCUCAGGUUGAAGAAGAUGAAUCCAGUGUUAAUUUUGCCAAAAAUGUUGAUGAAAGAGAGGCUGUAACAAAGGAAAUAAGAACCCAUAAGGCCCAAAUAUGGACUGAUAUAAGACCUUCACUUGGGGCCAUCGAACAUAUGUUGAGUUUUCGUGUUAAGAAGCGAAAAUCCCUGUCUAGGUCUGGAACUGAUGUUGGCAUUGGAAAUCAUCUUCCUACCAUUGAAGAGACAAGGCCUUCUAAGCCAUCAAAGGCUUAUGCAGGGGUUUCUGAGGAGGACUCAGAUGAUGAAUUCUAUGAUGUGGAGAGAUCAGAUCCAGUUCAAGAUGCCCCUUCCAGUGAUAUUAUAAACUCUGAUUUGGCUGCUGAGUCAGGUGGUAAUGGACCUCAGUUGGAGCCUAUUUCUCAUUGGAGAGAAGAGCUUGAAUGUCUUGUUCGCGGAGGAGUACCCAUGGCUCUUAGGGGUGAGUUAUGGCAAGCUUUCGUGGGUGUGAGGGUACGCAGGAUAGAGGGAUACUAUGGUCAACUGCUUGCUCCAGAGGGUAUUGAGGGUGAGGAAACGGAUAGUGGCAAUUCCCAGUCGGAUAAUUCCACUAAAGCAUCAACCCAACUGCAUGCAAAACCCCCAGAAAAAUGGAAGGGGCAGAUCGAAAAGGAUCUGCCUCGGACAUUUCCAGGCCACCCUGCCUUGGAUGAAGAUGGUCGUAAUGCCCUCAGGCGUCUGCUUACUGCAUAUGCACGGCAUAAUCCAUCCGUUGGUUACUGUCAGGCCAUGAAUUUUUUUGCUGGCUUACUCCUUCUGUUGAUGCCCGAGGAAAAUGCUUUUUGGACUUUGGUGGGCAUCAUUGAUGAUUACUUUGAUGGAUAUUAUUCAGAAGAGAUGAUUGAGUCCCAGGUUGACCAGCUUGUUUAUGAGGAGUUAGUUAGAGAGCGAUUUCCCAAACUGGUUAGUCAUCUGGACUAUUUGGGAGUGCAGGUUGCAUGGGUCACUGGACCCUGGUUUCUCUCAAUUUUUGUGAAUAUGCUGCCUUGGGAAAGUGUUCUGCGGGUUUGGGAUGUGCUUCUGUUCGAUGGAAAUCGGGUUAUGCUCUUUCGUACUGCCCUUGCCAUAAUGGAGUUAUAUGGUCCUGCGCUGGUCACUACAAAGGAUGCUGGAGAUGCUGUCACUUUGCUGCAGUCUCUUGCUGGUUCAACCUUCGAUAGCAGCCAACUUGUGCUGACUGCUUGUAUGGGUUACCAAGCAGUAACGGAGGAAAAAUUACGAGAUUUACUGAUAAAACAUCGGCCUGAGGUGAUGGCAGCUAUUGAUGAACGUUCCAAGGAGCUUGGCAAUUGGAGGGUUUCACAGGGCCUUGCAACUAAACUGUAUAGUUUCAAACGUGACCCUGGGUCAUUACGAGCUGAGUCUGCCCCUAAAGAAGGGUUGGGUGAUAUGCACAUCAAUGGGGAUAUGUGCCUGGUGGAUUCUGCUACGAGAGAUUUGGAUGAGUUGAUUAAUGGUCUAAAUGGUGAUGAUUCAAGUUCUGUUCCAGACCUUCAAGAGCAGGUAGUGUGGCUAAAGGUUGAACUAUGCAAGUUGUUGGAGGAGAAACGGUCCGCCAUCCUCAGGGCUGAAGAGUUGGAGACCGCACUGAUGGAAAUGGUGAAGCAGGAUAACAGGCGUCUUCUUAGUGCAAAGGUCGAGCAGUUGGAGCAAGAGGUGGCGGAGUUGAGGCAAGCUCUUGCCGACAAGCAGGAACAAGAGCAUGCUAUGAUUCAGGUCUUGAUGAGAGUAGAGCAAGAACAGAGGGUAACUGAAGAUGCUCGAAGAUUUGCAGAGCAAGAUGCAGCUGCCCAAAGAUACGCUGCUAAUGUGCUUCAGGAAAAGUAUGAAGAGGCCAUGGCUUCCCUCGCACAAAUGGAAAAGAGGGUGGUCAUGGCAGAAAGCAUGUUGGAGGCCACAUUGCAAUAUCAAUCCAGCCAAGUAAAAGCACAAAUACCAUCUCCAUCUCCAAGAUCUGCCUCUCAGGAAACCACACCGUUGAGGACUAGUCACGAAACCAUGCAAGAAAUCCCUGCUAGAAAACCGGGUUUGCUAUCAAGACCCUUUGGACUCGGGUGGCGUGAGAGAAAUAAGGGAAAGCCAAGCAAUACCGAGGAGCCUGGUGAUGCUAAGACUCAUGAUGAGGAGCAUCUCAACCCAGCAGUUCUUGAGAAAGACAUUAAUGGCCAUUAAAGCUCAAGAAAUUCCAUGGAUCCACAGUCACAAAUCCCUGCCUAGUGGAGGUCGCUGAAAGAAGACUCUAAGAAGGUUGUGUACCGGACUUUGGCCCCCCUUUCCUGGUCCUUUUGUAUACACAUGAAGGGAGUACGAGUUCUCAUGAUUCCAACCUCUGUAUAUUUGGCUGAGCUGCCUUCGUAUAAGUGGCACAUAUAGAGCUGUCAUGCUAGUGUUUCCCAUCAUCACUUGUAUUUUACUUGGAAUAAUGCAGAGAAGCUUGUGUUUAGCCCCAUAAACAGGUGGUUUAAGCAGUCAUUUUAUGUCCCAAAAGAAGAGGGCUAUUCAAUGUUACAGGACAGGGACUUAACUAUUCAUUGCAUAAACAUGUCAUUUGAUUGUGUGAUAGAGUUGUUACUACAGUCGGAUUUUCUCUCUUUUGUUAUACGAAAUCACCUUUUCUCUUUCCUCA